AUGAAAACCACUUUCGGCAGUAGCGCGGGUGGUUUGAGGAUUACAGUGGUAGCAAACCUCGCAGGCAACCAACCCUCUGGGGACCAUCACUCCUCUUGCACCUCCAAUCCUGUGGAGCAACCCACGGAACGUGCUGGGCCCUCUUCAAAUAGCGUACAAGCGGUAUCCAGUGGGUUGCAGGAUGCAGAGGUUCUAGGGCUACCGAUCAGAUUUUUCUUCCAGCUUGAUAUUAAUAGUGAAUGUGAUGUGACAUACAGCCAAAAUAUGUCUAUUGUUCAUCCAGAAUACUUUUUCAUCACUGGACUUGAAGGUAUACCAUACAGGAGUUAUUACUAUAUAUUUUUGUGUGUCAAUUAUUUUAUUGCUGUAAUUGGGAACUCUGCAGUCCUUCUCAUUAUUGCUCUGGAACGAAGUUUGCACAGUCCAAAAUACAUUAGUGUGUUUAACUUGGCCUUGGCUGACCUUGGUGAAACUAAUGCUUGGAUUCCUAACACAAUGAAGAUUUUUUUUUCUGACUCACAGUACAUGACCUACAAUGCUUGCUUGGUUAACAUGUUUUUUGUGAACCUCUUUGUUACUCUGCAAAGUGCCACUCUUGUUGUUCUGGCAUUUGAUCGCUACAUUGCAAUUUGUUUGCCAUUAAGGUAUCAUGCCAUAGUGAAUAAUACUUUCAUGUCUUUAGUGUUUGUAAUAAUAUGGGCAUUUAAUACUUCUCUGGUGGCCCUGGCAGCGUCUUUGAUGACACGACUUUCAUUCUGUAAAUCUAAUGUGGUAGAGAGUUAUUAUUGUGAUAAUGGAGCAUUGUUGGUGAUGGCAUGCAAUGACAACAGCAUUAAUAUGUUCUUAACAAACCUCAUCGUAUUUUUGUUCCUUGUAUCACCAUUGUUCAUUAUAGUCCUGUCAUAUAUGGGCAUUGUUUUUGCCUUAAGUAAAAUUACAACUUGGGAAGCACGUUUAAAAGCACUAAAGACCUGCGUGUCUCACCUUUUGCUGGUCGUCUCUUUCUUUCUUCCUGUCAUAUGCAUUUUUUUUGCUUCAUUAAUUACUACUCCCACCCCCAAUGCCAGAGUCAUCAGUGGAUCUCUUUCAUUGUCUCUUCCACCAAUGUUAAAUCCCAUAAUUUAUGUUUUAAACACAGCUGAAAUCAGAGUCUUAAUUCAAAAACUGCUUAAAAACAGAAUUUCGCCAAUAAGAAAUUACUUUUCAAAACGACGGUAA